AUGAACACAAAUACUGAUGUUCCGAGGGUUCUCCGGCCUGGCGACGCACGCGCUCUCUCUGGCAAAAGCCUUGGAAUAGCCUGCCUAUGGCAUCCCUCCAGAAGCAUUAUUCCCUGGCCAAAUCUCGGUCGUCAUCUCCCGCCCUCAUCUCUGCAUCCUCCCCUCUUCUUGUAUGUCUGCAUCUGCCCUUCUGCCCCGCAUUGCCGUUUCUGGUGUGAUCACCUGUACGUUGCCCUCAUCCUUCUCCGGACAUCCCGUCCGGCUCGUCAAAGAACCUCGACGGUGGUAUUUUCCGCACAGGUCGUCUUUGUCGGGUCUUUGCCUUUGUAUAUCCUUCCCUCUACGGAUUCCAAGACGCCCUCAAGCCUCUCCUGGACUGAUCUUCCCAGCCCGCAGCAGUCCCAGUGCCUGCCUCUUUUCGCGCGUUGGCACGGUCCCGGUUACGCGAUUCCUCGGAUUCGGACACUUGUUCUCGCUCUCUCGGGCAAACUUCUCGUUUCUCGCUUUCUCUUCCGCCUUUACUUAUUCUGCUCUGACGCCUGCUGA